UCGAAAAGUGACAGUUGUCGUAAUUUUUUUCAAAUAGAAAUAUUUUUCUUAUAUUGAUGAGAACAAGCCGAACUGCAAAUUCCGUGGGUCCCUCUUGUUACUAUAUGUUGGAAAUUACAACCAGUCGUCUCGCCCUCGCCAAGAAGUACAAGAUUCAGACGAAUUAUAUGAAGACAGAUCUGGACAUGAGAUGUAAAAACUUUUUUUUACAUAUAUAUGUGAAAACUGAAACAUCAGGAUAAAAUGUACAAAAUCAACUGAACUUCCCUAGUACCAAAAUUGACAUCAUUUAGAUAUCCGAAUAUAGAGAUGGAAGAGUAAGAAGUACAUAAAAAUGACUCAAUCGAUGAUUAUUGGAACAUAUCUAUCAGUGACAGCUGACAGUAAAUAAAGACAAAUCUGCCAAACAAUGAAAUGUCAGUAAGUACUGGAUAAUAAAGAAAAAGUGAAGAAUUUUUAAUUGAAAAAUGCCGUAGGUUAAUUACUCAUCAAUAUAAGAUAAAGAAAAGGAAAUAGAAUAAAUUCUAGCUGUUGGCUGAUAUGAGCCUUAAGUUACAUUUUGAAUCGAUAUGGCAGAAUUAAUUCGUGUAGGAAGUGGACACAAUGCUGGGUUAAUGAAAGACAAAUUGGGAUCUCCCAGUACAGGAAGCGAUGACGGAAACGAACAAGAAACUCAGGCUGCAAUUAAACCAGAGCCAGAGGAACUUGAUCUCGGUGACAGUGCCCAUUAUGCACCUCCUGAAACUCUCUGGUAUCAUGGAAGGCUUGAUCGUUAUCAAGCCGAAGAAAGAUUGUGGCAGUGUAAUAAAUUGGGGGCUUACUUAGUGCGAGAGAGCGAUAGGAAACCGGGUAGUUAUGUUUUGUCAUAUUUGGGUAGAAGUGGAAUGAACCAUUUCAGGAUAACUGCAGUGUGUGGGGAUUUUUAUAUUGGUGGUCGGCAGUUUGUUUCGUUGAAUGACUUAGUUGGCUAUUAUAAGGAAUGUAGUGAUCUGCUCAAGAGAGAAAGAUUAGUAUUGCCUGUAGCUCCACCAGAACCCGUGAAUGAUAAAAAGAGAGUGGUUGCCAUUUUGCCAUAUACAAAGAUGCCCGAUACAGAUGAACUAACUUUUAAAAAAGGAGAUAUAUUUUUUGUACACAAUGAUAUGGGUAAUGGUUGGUUGUGGGUUACAGCACAUCGAACCGGUGAACAAGGAAUGAUUUUUCGUGAACUAGUAGAAGAUUUAGAUGAUAGUAUAGAUCCUAAUACUGUCUUUCCUUGGUUUCAUCCAGAUUGUACAAAAAAUGAGGCUGUUGAUCUGCUUGUCAAAGCUGGCCCUGGAAGUUUUCUAGUACGUCCCAGCGACAACUCUCCUGGAGACUAUUCCCUUUUUUUCCACAUCAAUAAUCAAAUUCAACGUUUUCGAAUUGAGAAAAAAGGAGUACGAUAUCUUAUGGGUGGAAGGAUAUUUGAAUGUCUUGAUGCCGUUAUCAACAGAUACAGGAAAGAACAAAUUGUCGAAGGAUAUACUUUGCAGCAUCCGCUAGUUGUUGAUGGUUCCAAGCAGCUCGAUUGGGUGCCAGAAAAUCAAAAGGCAAAAUCAGAAGCUGAAAAAAUUUAUGCCACCUUGAGAGAGUGCAGAGAUCAAGCAGGAUUGAAAAAAAUGAGGGGAAUUAAACAUCAAGGAUACCUGCACCGUAAAUCUGAUAAGGCUGCUAAAAAAUGGAAACUACUCUACUUUGUAUUACUUGUCGAUGGAACUGAUACUCACUUGUACCUAUAUGAAAAUCCAAAGAGAACAAAACCCAAAGGACUCAUAGACCUUUCUUGUGCAUAUUUAUACCAGGUACAUGACAGUUUAUGGGAACGUUCACAUUGUCUUCAAUUAGUGGAGCGGGCUCUUCCAUGUUUGGCGACUGUAACCCAUCUCGCAGCUCGUUCAACAGAGGACUGCCAAGAUUGGGUGAACUCUUUGAAACCAUUAUGCGUUCCUCAGCUCAGUAAGGCUACUUCCAAAGUGCCAAGAUUGAGAGAGCUCAGAUGUCUUACGUUGCAUAUUCUUGAUGCACACCGUUUGCCUUACAAGUUAGUGCCACAGCCGUAUGUUACCAUACAACUCAAUAAUCAGGUUAGGGUAGCGAGAACAAGAACAAAAUCUGGCCCCGAUCCUGUUUGGGAGGAAGAAUUUGUCUUUGAUGAUGUGCCAUGUGAUAUUUUAUCGUUUACUCUAACUGUACAUAACAGAGGGAAAAGAGGAAAAGAACAAGAAGUAGCUGAACUGCAUGUGGAGCUAGCUUCUUUGGGCAAUGGUGAGGAACGUGAAGAAUGGUACACUUUGUCUGGGUUAACUCCAAUGGGAGAAUGGGGUUCUUUGAGACUCCGUACCAGGUAUUUACACGAUUUGGUUAUGCCUGCUGAAGAAUAUAGCCCACUUCAACAAUUGUUACUGGAACCUGGUCUCACUUCUGUCAAAACUUUAGCUGAAAUAUGUCAUGCUGAUAGGGGACCUCUAGCCACUGCACUGUUGAGAGUUUUCAGAGCAGAGGGAAGAGAAACGGAACUUCUAAGAGAGCUAAACUCUGCUGAGAUCAACAGGGAGACUGAAACAUCAACACUGUUUAGAGCUGCUUCGUUGUCGACCACACUGAUGGAUCUUUAUAUGAAAGCAGAGUGUGGAGGAUUUUUACAAGCAGCUGUUUUGGAAACUGUUCUCAGACUCCUGGAAAGCAAACAAAGUGCUGAACUGAACCCCUCCAAAAUGGAUAAUUUAGAUGAUGCCUGCAAUAACGCAGAAUUCCUGUUACAAAUUUUAGAUCAGGUUACGCUGAGUAUAUUCAUGUCUCCUGAUGCCUGCCCCCGUUCUGUUAGAUACAUAUGUGGCUGUUUGCAAAAAGCUGUUAUUGCCAAGUGGCCUGAUGAAAGAUUUGUGCGAACAAGGGUGGUGUCAGGUUUUAUUUUUUUGAGAUUGUUGUGCCCGGCAUUACUGAAUCCAAGACAGUUUGGUCUUGUUAGUGAACAACCAUCACCUUCUGCUACUAGAAGCCUAGUUAUGGUGGCUAAGUGCUUACAGAAUCUUGCAAAUCUGGUGGAAUUUGGUGGAAAGGAACCAUAUAUGGAAGUAGUUAAUCCGUUCAUUCUGAAAAAUAAAGAGAGGAUGGUUGUGUUUCUUGAUCAAUUAUCUAUGGCUGGAGAUCCAGGUGAAUCAAGAAUAACUUCUAAACUAGACACUGCCAAAGAACUUGCUACACUACAUCACAUCUGUGUUGCUCAUCUUACAGAGCUCCAAGCAGUGGCUAAAAUCAAUUCAAACAUAAAAACUUUAGUCACUGUAGCUGAUAUGUUGGCCAAGCACAAACAGAAAUAUUUGGAAAUGAUUAGAUAAUAGUUUAGAAGAGAAAUGUAUCCCAGCUUUCAGGAAUAGAAGCAAAGUCAGUAGUUUUAUUUUAUUAUGCAGGGUUUUUUAUAUAAUGGAUUUAGGCUGAUUUUGAUUUUUAUAUCUUUUUGAACCACAUCUGUUCAUUAGACCUUGUGUUCAAUCUGAUUGAUCUCCAAAUGUUCCUUUAUACUGUUUUGAAUCAGACUUCCAAAAUUAUGAUCAUAUUCAAUGCUUAUUUUAUGAAGAGUAGCUUGCACAUCAUUUUCAAUAUUUCAUUUAACAUUUCAAAAUUGUUUAGUUGCAGUAUCGCUGUUAACUUCAAUUUAAUGUGUAUUCUACUCUGCCAACUUUCAGAUGGCCAAGUUGCGAAUUUAAAAUGUAUAGUAGGAUUUUUUCAUUUUUUUAAUAUAUAUCUAUCUUCAAAGUGAUCUCUAAUUUAACGAAUCAUUCGUUUUGGAAUGCUACUGUCUAGUGAAGAAAAGAAUUAUUUAAUUAGUUAGUUUUUUGGGUAAUGUACUGUCCUUUAUACUGAAAUGGAGAAAGUGAACAAAAAUAACCUUUUGAAAUUACCUUUUUGUCAUUAAUAUAUUAUACUUUUGGUUGAGAUUCCAAUUUAUUUAUUGGAUCACAAUUAAUUCACAAUCAUACGAAAAGAACUCUCAUUGUGAUUACAAUUAUCCUAUAUGAAAUUUGAUUUUUUUCCUUAAAAUUCAUUAUUAUUUCGGAGAUUAUUUAAAAUGAGUAGACUUAUUUCAAUAUGUGUAACAGUUAUCUGACUUACUGGGCUUCCCAAAUAAUUCUUGUCUUCAAAAUCACCAUUGUAAUAAUCAGAUUUCAACAUGUUCUUUAUUAAUUGGAAAUGUACUAACCACUCAAUUUCAACUUUAUUUUAUUGUUGUUUUUUUUUUAUUUGAGGCUAGUUUAUGAACAUUUUGUAAAGUACGUGCUCAGUGUGAUAAAUCAGCUUGUUCACCA